AUGGCGUUGAGCACCCAAAGAGCAUCUGCUUUUCUUCCUGCAGCUGAUCAAUCGGCUCGUCAAUGGAACUACGAUGUGUUUUUGAGUUUCAGGGGUGUAGACACUCGAAAUAGCUUUGUGUCCCAUUUAUACCACGAAUUGCAGCACAGGGUCAUUAAAACAUUCAAGGAUGAUCCAAAGCUUGAAAGAGGGACAACCAUUUCUUCAGAGCUCCUUAAUGCAAUCCAAGAAUCAAGGCUUGCUAUCGUUGUUCUCUCGCCAAACUAUGCUUCUUCUUCCUGGUGCUUGGAUGAACUUACAAAUAUUCUCCAAUGCAUGAAAUCCAAGGGCACAGUUCUGCCCGUGUUUUAUAAUGUGGAUCCCUCGGAUGUACGAAAACAAAGCGGCAGUUUUGCAGGCGCCUUCACUGAGCAUGAGAAAAGGUUUAGGGAAGACAAAGAAAAGGUGAAGUGCUGGAGAGCUGCUUUAACAGAAGUUGCCAAUUUAUCUGGGUUGGAUUCAAAGAAUGAGUGUGAAAGAAAGCUCAUUGAAAAGAUUGUUGAAUGGGUGUGGGGGAAAGUGCAUCGCACAUUCAAAUUGUUAGAUUCCGCAAAGUUAGUGGGAAUUAAGUUUACACGUGAGCAGAUGGAUUUGCUUUUAGAUCCUACAGAUGAUGUUCGCUUUGUCGGGAUAUGGGGGAUGGGAGGCAUUGGCAAGACAACUAUUGCUAGGCUUGUUCAUGAAAGCAUUUCUUUUCAUUUUGAAGUUAGCUGCUUUCUUGCUAAUGUUAGAGAGGCUUCUGAAGGUAAUCGUCUUGUUGAUCUACAAAAACAGCUUCUUUUCCCUAUCUUGAAGGAACAAAUUACUCAAGUAUGGGAUGAAGAGUGGGGGACCUAUUUCAUUAAGAAUUGCUUAUGUAAUAAAAAGGUUCUUCUCAUUCUUGAUGAUGUGAAUGCAUCAAGCCAACUAGAGAAAUUUGCUAAGGAAAAGGAUUGGUUUGGUAAGGGGAGUAUCAUCAUCAUUACAACUAGAGAUGAACGGUUGGUUAAAAAGCAUGAUAUGGAGAUAUCAUAUAAGGUAGAGGGAUUAGGUGAUGAUGAGGCUCUUGAGCUCUUUAGUCUAAACGCCUUUAAAAAAUUUGAGCCUGAGGAAGGUUUUUGGGAAUUGUCUCAAUGCUUUGUAAAUUAUGCUGGAGGUGUUCCAUUAGCUCUUAAAAUUUUGGGAUGCUUUGUGUAUAAGAGAGAUCGAGAUGAAUGGAAAAGUGAAUUGGAUAAGCUACGGAAAAUUCCUCCGUCAACAAUUUUCGAUUUGCUCAAAAUAAGUUAUGAUAGACUAGAUGAGAUGAACCAGAAUAUAUUUCUCGAUGUUGCAUUUUUUCAUAAGGGGAAGAGCAAGGAGGAAGUAAUUGAAAUACUAGACAGUUGUGACCGUUGUGGUGGGAUAAAUGCUCUCAUUGAGAAGUCGCUCUUAACUGUUGAGAUUUCAAACAACAUUGUUGGGAUGCAUGAUUUGAUACAAGAAAUGGCAUUUCAAAUUGUCCGUCAAGAGUCUAUUGAAGAGCCCGGUGGACGCAGUCGAUUGUGUCAUCGUAAUGACAUCAUUCAUGUAUUGAUAAACAAUACGGGAACUAACAAAAUUCAAGGCAUCGCCUUAACAUUGGCAGAACUUGAAAAGGUAGAUUGGAAUUGUGAAGCAUUCUCUAAGAUGAUUAACCUGAAAUUUCUUGAAGUUGAUAAUGUGAUCAUUUCCUCAAUCCCUAGAAUUCUUCCUAAUUCCUUAAGAAUUAUUAAAUGGAAUUGGUAUUCUUCCAAAUAUCUCCCAUCAAAUUUUCAACCGAAUAAACUUGUUUCACUUGAGAUGCGGGGCAGCGAACUAGUUAGGCUCUGGGAUGGAAGAAUUGACUUGCCCAAUUUGAAAUACAUGGACCUUAGUUGCUCUCGAAACUUGGCAACAAUCCCAAAUUUCACUGGCAUUCCAAAACUCCAGGUGUUGGAUCUAUAUGGGUGUGAGAAUUUAGUUGAGAUUCACCCAUCCGUUGCAUAUCUAAAAUGGCUUUCAAGAUUAAUACUAGAUGAAUGCUCUAGUAUUAAGAGUCUUCCAAGUGAGAUAGAAAUGGAUUCUCUUAUGUAUUUCAGUCUUGACGGUUGCUCAAAACUGAAAAAGAUUCCAGAAUUUUCAGGACGAAUGGAGAAUUUGUCAACGUUUAGUCUGAUUGGGACGCCCAUUGAGAAAUUACCUUCAUCAAUUGAACGUCUUGUUGGCCUUACUUGUCUAGAUGUAAGAAAUUGUAAAAAUCUCUUGGGUCUUCCAAGCGCAAUUUGUAAUUUGAAGUCUCUUAAAAUGCUAUAUGCUUAUGGAUACAAUUGCCCAGAAAACUCAUGGGAGAUUGACCCACCCUCCGUUGGAAUUAUUAAAGUAUUUGGAUCAGAGCGUAAUAAAUCAAGGUUUUGGUGGAGCCUCCAAAGAAAGGCUUUUGUGUUGGGUUCGCUACAUGGUUUAUGGUCUUUGGAGUAUUUGGAUCUUCCGGGUGAUUCUGGUCUUUGUGAUCUUCCGGGUGAUAUUGGUUUCUUGUCCUCUGUACAAAGAUUAGACCUCAGUCGAAACAAUUUUGUUAGCCUUCCUGCAAGCAUUGGAUGUCUUCCUAAGCAUCUGUUACUUAAGUUGAAUGGGUGCCAAAGGCUUCAACAAUUGCCCCAUCUCCGCUUUGAAGACUUCGACAGAUUUGAAGUAUACACAGACGGUUGCACUUCCUUAAAAGUGUCGCCAAAGUUGAGCAGAACAAAUGGAAGUUAUCUUAAGUUGAGGUGUGUGAGUUGCUUUGGAUGCGUUGAGAAUGAAAGCUGCGAUGAUAAUGUAAUACUUGGAAUGCUCUGGAUUGCUCUUGAUUGGAGAUUCCUUCAGGUACCUGCACUCACUGGGCCUCUUCCCCGUGUCAACAUUGUUACUCCUGGAAGGAGAAUUCCAGAGUGGUUCAAUAAUCAAAGUGUGGGAGAUUCCUUAAUUGUGGAGCUACCUUCAUGUACCACUUGUUCUUGGAUUGCUUUAUGUGCUGUCUUUGAAGACGAUCACCCAAAUCCACCUCAUGAACUUUCUGCUUAUUUUCACAUUGCAUGUCACUCAGGAAAAGAUAUCCUUGUGCGUAGUAGUUUGAUGGAAGGAGGCCAUCUUGUAUCACCUCACCUUUGGGUAGCCUGUGUAUCUCCUUAUGUAUUCAACAAAGAAUGCAAUCAGAUGAAGAUUUCAUUCCGAACUUUUUAUGACAAUUCUUCUCGAGCCUCAGGCAAAACAUAUUGCUCGGGUAUAAAGAAGUGCGGAUUCCGUUUGGUACAUGAGCAAGACUUGGAAGAACUUAAGCAAAUCAUGAUGAUGAACCACUCCAUCAACAUCAGCACAAAAGCUAUUUCUUCUCACAAUUCAGCUGAUGCAAGUGCAAGCUCUCACCAAAAAUCUCUCUGCCGCAAAAGCUAUGCUCUUUCCAAAGGGUUUUUAACAAAACUUGUUAAGAUUUUCUCCCUCUUUUUAACAACUGCAGUUUUUAUCAAAUCUUUCAACAAUAGCGAACCAUGGGGGGUUGUGCUACAUCAAUUGGUAUUCAGAGCCUCUUGCUCUGCCGCUGUUGCUCUGUUUCGUUGCUGCUACUGGUCUUCAUGGCUCCCAACAUCACCGUUGCCAAUUUGGCUGACCAAUUUCAGGAAUUCAAGGUAUAUUGCCAAAUUACAAGCUUCCGUGACGCUGCUCGUCAACCAGCUCUCAAUCGCGACUCCUGAACCAUCCUCCACAUCUGCUGUUCUCUCUCGUUCGUGCACACGUUCUCUCCAGGCUAGUCUCCUUCCCAAUCCGUCUAAGGAUUCCAAGUUCCAAGGCCACUUGGGCCUUCCAUCAUCUUCUACGGGGACAUCUAUGGUUCAAUCCGAACCAACUUUUUCUGUCGAAUUUGCACCUAAACCCCAUUAUACCCAACACACAGUGGCUUCUCCUCUAGUGGACGCCACUAUCCCGCCCCGACCACACGAACAUCACGUCAUCCACCGAAACUUGGAUUUUGAGAUCGCCCGUCAUGCCAAGCCUACUGCCCCUGACUUCGAUGGUCGCAAGGAUCCUACUCUUUUUGUUGAUUGGAUAUUGGCUAUGGAAGAUUAUUUUAAAUGGUACGACAUGUCCGAUGCACAAUGGAUCCGAUUUGCCAAACUCAAACUCGUAGGAGCCGCAAAACAAUACUGGAAGGCUACUGAGCAUCAUCUCCAACAACUGGGCCCUUGUGAUUUUAUGGGAUGA